AUGGCGUCCUCUUUAGCUGCAACAUCCAAUCGCCAGUCUUAUGUCCAAUUAGAUAUUGUUAUCGUCGGUGCUGGACUAGGUGGCCUGGCCGCAGCCAUCUCUGCUGCACAAUCUGGCCACAAUGUUGUUGUGUACGAAGCCGCGAAAGAACUUGCCGAAGUAGGCGCUGGACUGCAACUGACGCCGAAUUGUACCAAGAUCCUCCAACAAUAUGGCCUCAGUGACGCCUUUUGGGCUUCCGGCGCGGAACCGACUUCGUUGUCUGUUCAUCGAUACACUGGAUCAAUACUUGCUCACGACGAGGCCUUCUCAUGUAAUAUCCGCAAGCGAUACGAUGCCCCGUUUCUAGACAUGCAUCGGUGUGACCUUCAGAAAGCGUUGUAUGAGCGAGCAAAAGCGCUAGGUGUUGAUUUUCGAUUUGGGUCACGGAUAAUCGACAUGGAAUUCGAGCACGCUCGGCCUAUGGUUUCGACAGAGCAGGGGUGCCGCUAUGCGGACCUUGUAGUUGCUGCCGACGGGCUAUGGUCGCGUUGUCGGUCACGAUUCCUAGGCCGCAACGAUCCUCCUAAACCGACUGGCGACUUAGCAUACCGCGUCGUGUUGGACAUCGAACAGAUUCAAGACCCGGAACUGCGUCGUUGGGUAUCUGAACCGACUUGCCAUUUUUGGAUCGGUCCAGGUGCACAUGCCGUUGGAUAUUCUUUGCGUGGCGGCAAGAUGUACAACAUCGUACUUCUUGUGCCUGACGAUCUUCCUCCAGGCGUCAGCCGCCAGCCUGGAUCUAUCGAGGAAAUGAAGGCACUGUUCAAAGGGUGGGAUCCCAUUCUAGCACGAUUCUUAGAUCUCGUUGACAUUGUCGAUAAGUGGAAAUUGAUGCAUCAGGCACGAGACGCACUGUUCCUGUCACAACUAGGCAACGAGCUCAAAGGCCCUUUUCCGAGUCGCUGGACAUGCCCACAGGUACAGUCGUGGUUAUACGGGUAUGAUGCUUAUGAGGAAGUCGAGAACGCUGUGAAGGCGGAUCCAUUUCCUCGCUUGUCGAACAACCAACGGGAUGAAGUAAUCGAGGCAGGUUGGCUUGCUAGGCUAUCAGAUUGGCUGCCUUUGUUAUCAGGAUUUGCGUUGGCGUAUGCGGCGUUGAGUAUACGUAGACUGCAUGGCAAAGUCAUGGUGCAAGGAUGA